UGAUGAGAAUUCUAUAGAUCGGUAACUUUCGGCAAAUCUCGGCUUUCUUCGGAUUUGCUCGGGUUUCUCGCUUAUAUAGCAUAAUUCACUAUAGUAGUGGCCGUUUGAUCACGUUGACAUUCAGUUUCAUAUUUCCUAAAUUCAAAUUUUUUUAUUAAACGUCAUUUGAGACUCCUUGAAAAGAUAGUAAUAUUUAUUUGGUCUUCUUCGAAAUGUAUUGAACAAUGUAACGGGACAUGAUCGUUUUAUAAUGGUUUUAUAAACGGAUUCAAAGCAGAAAGAAGGACGCAGAUCUACGUGCUUUGUGAGAAUUGAUACGAACUUUACGUUCUUAUAAACCGGCACAUGUAAACUCAUCGAUCAAAAGGGAAUGUUUGUUUUGCUUCUCUCUGCCUUUGAGUUUCAAGCCAUCGCGAAGGUUAGACCGAACGACAGUACGAUCACUUGACGACCAGAUUUUACAUUAUAUACACUUGAAUUAAACAAUGGCUGGCAGUGGAGAACUUUGGGUACAGUGUUUCACCUGCUGUCUAACGCAACAAGGACCAAGAACACGUAAUGGAAGACAGAGAUCACAUCAAAGGCUAAGGAUAGAUCGCAGUAUGAUAGGUGUACCUACAAACUUUAGACAUACUGGGCAUAUUAGCAGUGGAGAUGUUGAUAUGAGCAGUGCACAAUUGUCAAAUAUUCAGGCACAAAUGCAAAUGAAAGGAGGCUAUGACUAUGCAUGUACUGCUAAGGCAUGUUGAAAAUAGUUAUAAAGUAUUUUUAGACUGGCCUGCGAACAAUCAUGCAACAGGACUAAAAGAACGACUGAGUUUUUAAUGUUUACAAAUAUUUGUGUUCCUUAAUACAAACUAUAUAUGCAGAUAUUUAAAAACUUAUUUAGGAAACAUUUUGAAUAUAUUUAAUGAUCAGACAAAACCAAGUUUUAAAACACUGUUAUUCAUAAAAGUAUGUUGAAUAUACCACAAUGAAAAUUAUAGUCUAUGCAAAAACAAUUUUACAAUCAAUAUUGAAGUUAUAGUUACAAGGUGCAUCUAACUUUCCACGCAUUGUUUAGAUCUGUAUUUUCAUAGAAAGACUGGAUACUUAAUAGAAACAGACACUGCCAUAUAACGUGUAACAUUUUACUGGUGCAUUUUUUCUUAUAUAAUAUAUACAAUUAUUCUUCCAGUUUAAAAAAUGAAUGUUUAUUGACAUAUAUGGUACCAUACUAACAUAUUAAUUGUUAUAUUACACGUUAAUCGUAUUUACUUGUUUUUUCUUAUAUGGGAACGACUUUUUGCAGUACUAGAUUUAUCCUUAAUAAGUAUUAGAUAAUGUUUUUAUACUUCCAAGUGAGAAUGUUAGUAGUACUUCAUGUUAGUAGUACUCGUGUAAAAAGAAGAAAUGAAAGGAUGUAUUUUGCAUAGUUCACCUGUGCUGAUUAAUGGAUAAAUAUUUUAGCGUAUAUACGGUGAACGCCCACGUUCACAAAGCACGGCCCAUUUUUCCUAUUUCUGUAUCCACCCCUGAAUAGGGUGUAUAAACCUACAUUAGGUAACUUUUGGAAUGUAGAUGUCU